CCGCGGAGGAGGCGAAGAGGAGUCCGGCGCUGGGGGGCUGGCUCGGGCGGCAGCGGUGGCUGCUGCGGAUGGGAGCGGGCCGGCUCGGUGCGCCUAUGGAGCGCCAUGGCAGAGCCGCCGCCACCUCAGCCUCGUCGGUCGCGGAGCCGGCGUCUGGGGUCUCCGAUGGGCGGCGGCGGGAGCCACUGCGGCGCCGGGCGAGCAGCGCGUCGGCACCCGAGGUUGGGGCGUCGGCACCCGAGGCUGGAGCCUCUGCGGAGGAUGUGAGGCGGGACCGGCCCGGUUCCUACAGCGGCCCUGCCCCAGUUUCCCGCCAGCGCGUCGAAAGUCUCCGGAAAAAGCGGCCUCACAGAAGUGCUGCUUACUUUCACUUCCUUCUCCUUUCUCUUCCUCUUCGACUUCCUAUGUUGAAAUCAUUUUUUCCGUGGUUUGGCUUGGAUAUUGGUGGAACCUUGGUCAAGCUGGUUUAUUUUGAACCCAAAGACAUCACUGCUGAAGAAGAGGAGGAGGAAGUGGAGAGUCUUAAAAGCAUUCGGAAGUACCUGACCUCCAACGUGGCUUAUGGGUCCACGGGAAUUCGGGACGUGCACCUCGAGCUGAAGGACCUGACUCUGUGUGGACGCAAAGGCAAUCUGCACUUUAUACGCUUUCCCACUCAUGACAUGCCUGCUUUUAUUCAGAUGGGCAGAGAUAAAAACUUCUCGAGUCUCCACACUGUCUUUUGUGCCACUGGAGGUGGAGCAUACAAAUUUGAGCAGGAUUUUCUCACAAUAGGUGAUCUUCAUCUUUGCAAACUGGAUGAACUUGAUUGCUUAAUAAAAGGAAUUUUAUACAUUGACUCAGUUGGAUUCAAUGGACGGUCGCAGUGCUAUUACUUUAAAAACCCUGCUGAUUCUGAAAAAUGUCAGAAGAUACCAUUUGAUUUGAAAAACCCAUACCCUCUGCUUCUGGUGAACAUUGGCUCAGGGGUUAGCAUCUUAGCGGUAUAUUCCAAAGAUAAUUACAAGAGAGUCACAGGCACCAGUCUUGGAGGAGGAACUUUUUUUGGUCUCUGCUGUCUUCUUACUGGCUGUACCACUUUUGAAGAAGCUCUCGAAAUGGCAUCUCGUGGAGAUAGCACCAAAGUGGAUAAACUAGUGCGAGACAUUUAUGGAGGAGACUAUGAGCGGUUUGGAUUGCCAGGCUGGGCUGUUGCUUCGAGCUUUGGAAACAUGGUGAGCAAGGAGAAGCGAGAGGCUGUCAGGAAGGAGGACCUCGCCAGAGCCACUCUGAUCACCAUCACCAACAACAUUGGCUCCAUAGCAAGAAUGUGUGCCCUUAAUGAAAACAUUAACCAGGUGGUAUUUGUUGGAAAUUUCUUGAGAGUUAAUACGAUUGCCAUGCGGCUUUUGGCAUAUGCUUUGGAUUACUGGUCCAAGGGGCAGUUGAAAGCGCUGUUUUCAGAGCACGAGGGCUAUUUUGGAGCUGUUGGAGCACUCCUUGAGCUGUUGAAGAUUCCCUGAUUGUUACUUGUGAGGGCUUCCUGGAACCUUCCACAAUGGGAUCUGUGAACUUUAGUUUUUUAAGAGACUCAGUUUUAUGAUCGUGUACUAGCCGAAUCAGCAAGAAAUGACAAGUGUAUUUUUCUAAGUCAUCAAGAUAAAUCCUUAAAAUUCAGUCAAAACUAGCAACCAGUGAGGAAAGAUACAUUAAAAGCAAAAACCAUGGGCCAUGUCCAGGCAUUGUGAAGAUUUGCUGUUUUUAAGUUGCUCUUCAGCAUAGAAGUGUUGAAAUCUGCGGUGUUGAAAUCUCUGCCUUGAGAGACACUCUCCUGGGGAGAGCUGUCCUACAUUCCUUUGUUCAGCUGACUGUAGUUGUGUGUCCUGUUUGAACUUGCUAAAUGCAUUGCAAGCUGCCCUGUGUUCCACUCUAAUCAGAAUUUUGUCAGUAUGCCCUUGGACAUCACCUGUGCAUUAUUCUGGUUUGCAUUUAGCCUUUGUGUGAACAUACAAAAAAAAAUGAUUUAUUUUGAAGUUCUGCAAACUUAACUGGGCAUUUCAGUUUUUACCUGCAACUUUACUACAAGUUUUGGAAGGGCAGUUCAUGUUACUUAACAUUGUAAAUCGUGGAGUGGUCUGUGUGGAAAGACAAGGCUUUGACAGAAUUCCCUUGGGUAGUGGGGACUGGGGACCUGAUGAAAGCAGGCAAACUAAUAGAAAAAACACAGUCCAGAAGACACUAGACUAAAGGGCUGGUCUAGAGUUGACAUUCCCAGACAAAGCCCACCAGGAACUGGCAGGGGGCCUUCAGGGGAGGAAACAAGUCUCAGGAGGCUGCUUGAGAGAUUUGACAGUCUGUGAGAUAAUCUUGGUAAGGACUAAACUUUUUCUUUUUGCCAUGUAGAAAUGGUGCAGCCUUUGUAUCUUACAUUAAGUAAUGCCUCUGUCAUUGCUGAAGGCAAGGAACAGCUUGUACACAGCAGCCUUGGAAGAGAGACCUCAAACUCUGUGGCCACUUAGCUUAGUUUGCCUUUUGGCUGGGGCUGAGGGAUGGGCCCCAGGUAGCACAGAGCCACCCACAGGUCAGGGUAAUAGGAUUUCAGGGAUAGAUUUGGCUGGCCAGCUCACAAUCAUUCCUAAUUCUUAGAGGGGCAGCUGCCUUUGAGAACGUGCCUUGGCACACCUGAGGUGUGGUGCCACUCAGAUGGGGUCUUGUGCAGUGCAGAGCACAAGGGAUGCAGCAGAGAUGGCAGUUUUGUCUUCGCUACUGCUCCUGGCCCAGCUGUUUUGGUACCCCAAUGCUGUGUUCUGCCCUCUGCUCCCAGUUACUUUGGUGGCUCUGCAUCCCCCCCACAACCAUCAAAGAUGGCAUCAUCUAUUUUUGCCAGGUGUUUUCAGCUCCUGUGCCUGAGGCCCUGCUACUGCCCUGGGCCUGCCCCUCCCCCUAGCUUUCUGAAGGUCUUGACAGUGCUGUAUGUGGGUCUUCUCCUUCAGCCCUUGCUGUUCCCACACUAACAGAAGGAAACAAGCUCAGAGGAGUGGCCCAAGGUCACAGUUGGGAGUGGCAGAGCUGGACUCAGGCCCGGGUCUGUCUGGCCCAGGAGCUUGAGUUGGGAGUCUUCCUCCACUUUGCCUUCCUCCCUGAACCCGCUGCUCCAUUUCCUCAGGUUCCACCUUGUAUUCAGCUCACCCUCUCAUUUCAUGGGAUUGUAGACAUGUGACAUCAUGUCUGGCUCACAUGGGUGGGUUCUUGACAGGCCACCACUGACUCUCAAAAAUUGAGGGGGCAUUUCAGGGCCUCAUCUUUACCUCUUAACUAUAGGACCUUCUUGCUUCUGCUUCCCAGGCUACCUCUUGUCUGCCACGUUACUGACAAUAGACAUCACCAGUAUUCAGGCUCAGUUGAGAGCCUUCCCCGAGUAGUCAUUUGCCCUCAUCUUGACUACCAAAGCAGCUCUGCGGCCAGCCCUGGUCUCUGAGCUCUAGCCUGACACUGCCUACUUCACUGUUAACCGGUAGGCCUCCAGGGCCAUCGCUAUACAAAAAGAUGCACAUCUGCACCCAUGCCAUCUUUAGACUGUGAGGUGCACACAGACUCAAUCUCUAGUGAUUGCCUCCACCUUGCCUUCUCAGCAGCUUUCAGUCUGCCCUUCCCUUGGUGCUCUGAGUGUCCCACCUCUACCACAGUAGUGCAACAAGGACCUUGAACUAAGAUGGGAGAGAGGAAAUGCUUUGUGGGCUGUUUGGGCCAUGGUGGCUAGAGGUGGGGGAUGAGAGCAGGGAGGCACUGUGAGGGCAGCUUGGCUUGAUUUGACUGUUUGAGUUGAAGACAUUCAUUGAAUAGACAGUUGGGUAUUUGGGUUGGAGAUACAGAGCUGAGAAUGUGCACGUUAGUGAAUCCCAGAAGUGUGAGUAAGUCACAGGAGAUGGGUAAUUAAGCAACAGGCCGCAAGGAAAGCAAGCCCAAUUAGGGGCCUGUGGCUCAGCAGGACGAUCGGGGGCUCUCUGUACCUUCGUGAAGAGGUUAUGAGGCUGCCCAAAUGGGGCUGCAGAGGUCCUGAUGAGGGAGCAGCAGUGGCCACAGCUGCAGAACUUUGGACCAAGACUUUUUUUUUCUCUUGAAAAGUAGUUACUUCCAAGUCUAAAAGCCCUCCCAGCUGUAGGACUGAGGUGGCGGGGCAAGUCCUUGGGUAUCGUGGGCUGUGGUGGGAUGGUGCUCAGCUGUGCUAGUGAAAGUUGUCAUGAGUGGGUUCAUGAAUGGGAGACUGCCUGCCUGUGCCCAGCUGGCGGAGCCUGUGUGUCCACUGUAGUCUCCAUCUGGUCCUCUGUCUUACUCCUUGUGGAGACUCGGCACUCUCCACCACAGCCUACGCCCCACUACUCUCUACAUACAUAGGGGACAGGCCAGAGGCUCCUCCAUCCAGUUGAUCAGAACUUGUCUUGAAUUUCCAAGUCUUGCCACGAGUUAAGUUCAAAGGUACACAAUAUGAAGUAUUUUCAAAAUCUCUUUAUUUACAUGUGUUCCAGUCAAUUACAUGCAUGUUUCAUUUUUAAACAAGUGAUUAGCAAAAAAUGCAUUAAAAUAGCAAUUAAAUAUACAAAAAUAUAGCUUACAAAACCUGCAAAUGUUUAAAAAUAUUCUGCUGCAGAAUUCUUAGUGUACAAAUAUGUCUAUGAAACCUGAAGGUCAGCAUUUCAUAAACUUUUUUAGGGAAUUAUACAAUACCUAGUGAAUAAGCCCCAAAGGGCUAAACUGCAAGACUAAAGUGCCCUCCUUUCCCAUUAUGGUUUGUCAAGAGACCCAGAGACCCAGUUACUAGUUACUUGGAAGACCAGGCUGUAACCAGGAGGAACUUGCCAACACUUGCCACCCUUCC